ACUGGAGACAGAGAGGACACUAGGUGGUCGUUGUAGAGGUUGAUAAGAGAGAUGGAGAUACGUGGGGACGGCACGCUCGGCUCGGCUCGGCGUCGGUACGCAACGAAAUACCCUGGCCUUCUAGAACUUCGCAGUACAAAGCCAAGCUGCUUCCUGCCUGCAUCGUAGCUUCAUUUUUACCCCAUUAUUUACCCCCCAAUCACCGAUAAUCAGUCAAUAAUUAGUCAAUAAUCAGUCCAUAAUCAGUCAAUACUCCGCGAUCAUCAACAAGUUGCUCAUUAAUUUCCCGACAUUCAAAUAUGCUCGACCAUUAAUUGAUUUGGCGAUUUGAAGCAGAAGCAUCCUGGAGGACAACGAGACCUGGGAGAUGGAUCUGGAGAGACUCAUUACCGAAGUGAAAGCCCGACCCGCUAUUUGGGAUCAGAAAAAUACUCAUUAUCACAAUCGUGAUGUCAUACUGAAAAUGUGGGGUGAAAUAGCGAGGGCAUGCGAUGUUUCGAGUGAAGUUGCCAAAUCAAAAUGGAAACACUUGCGUGACAACUUCCGGAAUGAACUGAAGAAGACGUACAGAGGAAAGCAAUCGUGCGACGGUGGCUCGCCCUCAGGUAUUGAGCACGAAUCAAAAUGGGUAUGGUUCAAGAAUUUGCACUUCCUGCGGGAUCAGAUGAAUUCACGAGUGAUCGGUUGCAACAUAAAUCAGCCAAGUCACUACUCAGCCUCCCUGGAGGAGACGCAGAUAGAGCCCCAGAUCGAUAUUCUCGAGGGCGAUGGAGAGGCGCACUUUGACGAUCUCGUCGACGGUGACUCAUGCCAAUCAAUGCUAACCGGUGAUGAUGUUAUACAGCAGAGUGGUAUACCCAUCAGAAAGCGAGGAAGAAUAUCGAGGAAACGUCUACUCCUAGAUCCAAUUGAUUGCGAUUACCAGGGAAUCGAACGCAAGCGUUACGAAGUUAUUCAGAGGCGGAUAUGUCAGGAUGACAAUGAUGAUGACACCUAUCAUUUUUUGAUGAGUGUCAGGAGUCCUAUGCGCAGUUUACCACUCGAGAGACAGAUGUACGUCAGGCUCAAGAUCCAGGAGUUAAUUCUCAACGAGAUAACUUCGUUACAGAAUAAUUCCAAGCUUCAUCAUCCAGCCAGCAGCAACACAGAGGGACAUAACUGUUCACCCCAGCCUGGAAACCCUAAUUACUUUAUGUCUUAACGUUGAUAGUUUAUGUCGUUUGUACACUCUGUAAUU